AUGGGUAAGAAGGAUAAAAAAGGAAGAAAGAAGGCUGUAGACGACUGGGAGGAGGACCUUCCCACCGUAGAUGACUCCAUUUCUAAAAUCCCCGCUGCUGAUCCCGAUUUGCCACAAGAACCUACGCCAGUUGUCGAAGACGAUGAGUUUGGCGUUCAAUCGAUGCAACCUGAGGAUUGGGCUGAUGAAGAAAGAUGGAGAGAUCAAGCUGAAAAGAAAAAAGCAUCACAACCAUCGCAACCGGUAGUACAGGAAACAAAAGAGGAGAUCAAAGAGGAGGUUAAGCAACCGAUAGCACCUGCGGAACGUCGACGUAUUGAAGAAGAAGAACAACGCAAACAGGAGGCUAAGCGUUUAAAAAAAGAGAAAGAAAAGGCUAAAAAGGAACAACUUAAGAAGGAGGGUAAACUGUUAACAAAAACCCAAAAAGCUAAACAACAACAAGCCCAACUGAGGUUAAAACAAAUGAUAGAAGCUGGCGUUAAGAUAGAAGGUCUAGAAAAGGAAGGUGAUCAGAAACCAAAGAGGGUUGUUUACGCGAGCAAAAAGAAGAAACCUAAAAAUGAAACGAAAGAAUCAAUAUCAGGAGCAGAUGUUUCUUCGCAGAUUUCCGAAGGGAAUCUUGACGAAGUGUCUGAGAAGGGUUCAGAAGAAAAAGAGGUGGUUUCUGGUGAACCUAUUAACAAGAACAUAAAGGAAAGUUGGGAGGAAGAUGAGGAUGACGCCGUAGCAGUUAAAAAUGACGCUGUGGCAGUUGAAAAUGACGACAGUAUCAAAGAUAGUUGGGAUGCAACAACGGAUGAAGAUGAAACGGUUCCACAACCUCAAGAUGUGCUAGCCAAAAAGAAAGAACAGAUAAAGCCUUCAACAAAAGAUGUGCCAGUCAAGAAGCAGGAACUGGUAGGAACACAACCGUCAACUUCAUCUAAAGCUCCUCAGUCUGAACCACCCGAGGAGUCGGAGGAUGAAACAGAAGAGUCCGAAUCGGAAAGCGAUGAGGAAGAUGAAACAGAAAGCGAUGAUGAAGUCUCAGAACACCAGAAGCAAAUCAUGAAACGUAAAGCUGAAGCAGCUGAACGCCGAAAGGCGCGUCUUGAACAAGCUCUCGCUGCUCGAUCAAAGGACAACUUGCGGUCUCCAAUUUGCUGCAAAUGUUUCGGGAAAGGAACUCCUAUUAUGAUGUAUGAUGGUCGAAUAAAACCUGUUGAAACAAUCAAAGAAAAUGAUCAAGUUAUGGGAGAUGAUAGUACACCGCGUAAAGUCAGUGGGGUAACCCACGGUAAAGGAUUUCUAUAUAGAAUCAUACCAACACAAGAUCCUUUUGCGCAACCUUUUGUCUGUAACGAUGCACAUAUCCUAGUUUUAAAAAUAACCUCUGGACCUUCUGUGUAUCAUCAAGAUUCUGAAAAUGGAAAUUCCUAUUUCCGUCUUCUCUAUUUUGUAUUCAAUCAUAUUACGAAUCUUGUGCAAAAAGUGGAUAAAUUGUAUUCGUAUCCAAGCAUCGACUAUCCUACCGCACUUGAUGCCGAAAGAGCUGCUUUUCACGACAUGGAAUUACUUGAUCAAUCAAAAAAUUCUAUAGAAGAAUCACAGUCCACCUAUACUAUAAUACGACCAGGUUUCAUAUGGCAACCAUCUGUCACACAAUUUCUUGAUUGUGAUCCGGAAGUGAGAGCGGAAGCGAGAAUGUAUGCCCCCAAAGAAGUUAAGUUCUCAAGAUGCGAAGGUGCAUUCUCUAGGAUAGUCGAUCAAGUCGUUGGAGCACCUGCGUCCGUUCCUAUAGUUAAACUGUGUGCUUGGCUAAUAGGCUUUUGGAUCGGUGGUGGGUUUGAAGGCAUUGGAGAAGUCAGUCAAUAUAUUAAUAAAUACAUUUCGGAAUGCAGUGCUGAGGAGGUUUCCGAUAAUGAGAAUGCCUAUCCCAAAAAUAGAUCAAAUCAAAAUGUUUUAAACGGACUUUUACAAGAACUUGACAUCUUAGUAGAAAAGGACAUUCCUUCUAUUAUGAUGUACGAUGAAAUAACUUUAGUUCGCCUACCGCUGCUUGUUGGUUUAAUAGAUAGUCAAGGAUUUCAGGGUGGUUCUAUCAUCAACACAAAUAAAAAGUAUGGCGAACUCCUUCGAGCUCAGAGACGAGAGCACCUUUGGAAAUUUGAAAUAGACGAACUAGGUGUAGGAGAAUAUUAUGGCUUUGUUGUAGAUCGAAACCAUCGUUUUUUACUCGGCGACUUGACUGUAACACACAAUACCAAGUUACUGGAUAAAAUCCGACAAACGAACGUUCAAGAAGGCGAAGCUGGUGGUAUAACGCAACAGAUUGGUGCCACUUAUUUUCCCAUGGAAAUUAUAAAAAUGAAAACCGCUCCGCUUAAUAAGGACGGCACGCAAGAAUACAAACUUCCUGGUCUUUUAAUAAUAGACACACCUGGUCACGAAUCAUUUACAAAUUUACGUUCCAGGGGUUCCUCACUAUGUAACAUUGCCAUCCUUGUAGUCGAUAUCAUGCAUGGUUUAGAACCACAAACAUUGGAAUCCUUGAGGUUAUUACGUGACCGUAAAGCACCUUUUAUCGUAGCACUGAAUAAGAUUGACCGUUUGUUUGACUGGAAAUCCAUACCAGAUAAUGCAUUCCAAGAUUCUCUUAGCAAGCAAUCAGAAUCUGUGAAGCGUGAAUUUAAAAACAGAGUUGAAAACACGAUAUUGGCUUUCUCAGAACAGGGAUUAAAUUCUUGCUUGUAUUACGAGAAUAAGAACUUUGCCAAAAACGUAUCGCUCGUUCCGACAUCUGCCAUUACAGGCGAGGGAAUACCCGACAUGUUGAUGCUGUUAGUAAACCUAACACAAUCUAGAAUGAGCAAUGAGUUGAUGUACUUGUCAGAAUUAGAGUGCACUGUGUUAGAGGUUAAAGUGAUCGAAGGUCAUGGUACCACAAUCGAUGUUAUUUUGUCUAAUGGUGUGCUUAAUGAAGGCGACAAGAUUGUACUUUGUGGCCUUAAUGGUCCUAUAGUCACCACCAUUCGAGCGCUGCUGACACCACAACCUAUGAGAGAGUUGAGAAUAAAAUCUGCUUACGUUCAUCAUAAAAGCGUGAAGGCUGCUCUCGGUGUAAAGAUUUCUGCACAAGAUCUGGAUAAAGCAAUUGCUGGCUCCCGUCUCAUGGUCGUAGGGCCUGAUGACGAUGAAGAUGAUCUCAAGGAUGAGGUUAUGUCUGAUCUUAAGAGUUUGAUGAGCUCGAUCGAUAAAUCUGGUAGAGGUGUAUGUGUGCAAGCUUCAACCUUAGGUUCUUUGGAAGCCCUCCUGGAAUUCUUAAAAGUAUCCAAAAUUCCAGUUUCUGGAAUUAAUAUUGGUCCUGUGCACAAAAAAGAUAUAAUGCGCGCAGCCACCAUGCUGGAGAAAGCGAAAGAGUUAGCUGUUAUUUUGUGCUUUGAUGUCAAAGUCGAUAAAGAAGGACAAGAUUUGGCAGACGAAUUGGGCGUCAAAAUUUUCAAGGCAGACAUUAUUUAUCAUUUGUUCGAUCAAUUCACUGCUUAUAAUAAGGAAAUAAUGGAGCAAAAGCGUAAAGAUCAAGCUCCUCAAGCAGUUUUCCCUUGUAUUCUCAAAAUUAUUCCUGGCGCGAUUUUUAAUAAGCGAGAUCCUAUUAUAGUUGGAGUGGAUGUGGUUGAAGGUGUUUUACGAACUGGAACACCUAUAUGCGUAAUGAAAGUUGAUGCUGAAACGAAGGCACGUGAAUCCAUUUCACUCGGUAAAGUUGUAAGCAUAGAACAAAGCCAUAAAAAUGUUGAAAUCGUUAAAAAAGGCCAGGCAGGAGCUGGCGUAGCCAUAAGGUUGGAAAGUGCAGUAUACGAAAGUCAAAAGAUGUACGGAAGGCAUUUCACCGAAUCUGAUGAGUUAUAUAGCAAGAUUUCUCGUCAAUCCAUAGACGUGUUGAAAGAAUCAUUCAGAGAAGAUUUGUCCAAAGAAGACUGGGCGUUAAUAAUUAAAUUAAAAAAAAUCUUAGAUAUUAAUUAA